AUGCUUCUGUGGAUUGUGUUGCUGAAGGCAGCUCUUUGUGCAGCUCUUGGGAAUGGUACGAGUGAUGUGUGUAAGGAGGAGAUCUGCUCAUGCAGUGUGAUAGAGGGCGAUUUGCACAUUGACUGCGAAAAGCGUGGUUUCAGCAAUCUGCAGCACUUGACUGGUCCAAGCUCGCAGUUUUAUCACUUGCUGCUACAUGGGAAUUCUCUAUCCAGACUGUUUCCCAAUGAGUUCGCCAACUUCUAUAAUGCAGUCAGCUUGCAUUUGGAGAACAACGGCUUACAUGACAUCGUGCCUGGCGCCUUCCUCGGCCUGCAACUGGUCAAGCGUCUGCAUAUAAACAACAACAAGGUCCGGUCAUUUAAAAAGAACACUUUUCUUGGUUUGGAUGACUUGGAGUAUCUCCAAGCUGAUUUUAACCUUCUAAGAGACAUUGAUCCUGCUGUUUUCAGGGACUUGAGCAAAUUAGAGGUCUUAAUUCUGAAUGAUAAUCUAAUUAGUGCACUUCCCACCAACAUUUUCCAGCACGUUCCCAUAACACAUCUUGACUUGCGUGGGAACCGGAUAAAGACGUUGCCUUAUGAAGGGAUCUUGGAACAAAUUCCAGGCAUUGUGGAAAUUUUAUUAGAGGACAAUCCAUGGGACUGCAACUGUGACCUUCUUUCCUUAAAGCAGUGGCUUGAAAACAUCCCACAGCGGGCACUUGUUGGCCGGGUUGUUUGCGAAGCGCCUGCCCGUCUCCAGGGCAACGAACUCAAUGAGACAGCCGAGUUUGAGCUCUGCCCUUCCAAAGAUGGUGCUGAUUCAAGUUUGGCCGCACCUCCAACUCAGGAUGAGACCUCAGAUCUGGAUUCUCCUGCUUCUCCCACAUCCACAACCUCCAAGAUGGCUGCCGUGACAGAGAAAAGUGCUCAGAACAAGGGCCGUCCCAAAGCAAGGGAAAACUGGCAGCUAAAAACCCCAACAGCAAUAGCAUCAGGCACAAGUGAUGUUAUGUGUCCCCAAAUGUGCACAUGCAAUCCAAUUGGUGCGAGUCAAGCACUUGGGGUAAACUGCGAAGGUAAAAAUUUGGAGAGCGUGCAUAAUCUGAGACCCAAGCCUCUCGGUGCACAUGAGCUAAAUCUACGUGAUAACAAUAUCCAUGCGGUAAAAAAGAACCAGUUUAGGAGUUACACAAAUCUGAACCUGCUUGAUUUAGGUGGGAACAACAUAAAAACAAUUGAGAAUGGCACUUUUCAAAACUUGAGUGAGUUAAGGUGGCUUUACAUUGACAAGAACUAUCUGGAUACUGUCAUGGUGGAUAUGUUUGUGGGACUCCAAAACCUGGAAUAUCUCAGUUUGGAAUAUAAUGACAUCCAGCUCAUCAUAGCAGGAGCCUUUAGCCCGAUGCCUAACCUGCGGGUGCUAUUCCUAAACAACAAUCUGUUAAAGUCACUGCCUGCAGAUGCUUUUCUGGGUGUCUCCUUGUCUAAAAUAAGCCUGCAUAACAAUUAUUUUACCCAUCUUCCCUUAAGUGGCAUCCUUGAUCAGCUCAGUUCAAUUAUCCAAAUCGAUUUGCAUGGGAACCCAUGGGAUUGCACAUGCAACAUAGUGCCACUGAAACAUUGGGCAGAAAAAAUGGCACCUGACGUCAUUGUGAGUGACCUAAAAUGUGAGUCACCAGAGGAGUUCUGGAAGCAAGAUUUCCGUCAUAUCCGGAUAGACCUAAUAUGCCCGGAAAUUUACAACCAGGCUUUGCCAACUUUGUUGUCCAAAAAUGGCACUGUUGGCAUGGAUUCUGACACAGGGAUGCAUCCCGGAUCAUACCCCGAGCCUAGCCGAGUCUCAAUUUCAGUCCUCGUACCCGGAUUGCUGCUUGUGUUUGUUACUUCUGCUUUCACUGUUGUCGGGAUGCUUGUUUUCGUCCUGCGCCACCGGAAAAGGUCCAAACGGAGAGAUGGGAACUCCUCUGCAUCUGAGAUCAACUCUUUGCAGACAGUUUGUGACUCAUCUUAUUGGCAUGGCGCUGCUUAUCAUGCUGAUCACAGGAGCUACGACUGCGGCGCUCACUCGCUCUCUGAUAAAUAA